AGCCCCUGAUGUCAACAUCUAAGGAACCUUCACUCGAACCUGCAAGGAAGGAAGUCACGUGAACAGACAACAUAUUAUUACAACACACAAUUCGGAUUCAUCCUCCGGCACACUGACCACCAUGGAUUCCGGCAAAAACCUUCAAAACGUCGUCGUUAUGCGCCACGGCGACCGGAUCGACAACUUCGAGCCGCUCUGGGCUGAGAAGGCCGAUCGACCUUGGGAUCCACCGUUGGUCUUAGACGGCAAGAUUAGGGCCUUCUGUACGGGUAAAAAGCUUAACAAUAACCUAGGGUUUCCUAUUCAUCGCGUGUUUGUGUCACCGUUUCUCCGGUGCAUUCAGACCGCAUCUGAAGCUAUUCAUGCUCUUUGCGCUGUUGGUGAUUCUGCUACUUGGAUGAGCUCUGCUGAUGGUGUUUCCAUUGAUCCUUCUAAGAUCAAGGCGUCUGUCGAGUAUGGGCUGUGUGAAAUGCUGAACAAGCAAGCCAUACGGGCCGAGAACGCGCCAAAGGAUGGAAACUUUGCCUUCAAUAUUUCAGAAUGUGAAGCAGGUUUACCAGAAGGAACAGUUGAUUCUUCGAGUGUAGAACGAGUUUAUAAAGAGCUGCCAAAAUGGGGAGAGUCAACAGAGGGCGCUAGAGACCGGUACAAGAACAUUAUCAAGACCCUUGCUGAUAAAUACCCUACUGAAAACUUGUUGCUUGUUACACACGGUGAAGGUGUAGGGGUCUCGGUCACUGCACACGCACCAGAGCACUUGACAGUGUAUGAAGUAGAAUACUGUGCAUAUUCAACACUACAGAGAACGCUCAAACAAAACGAAUCGGGUACAGCUGGAGAUUUCAAGCUGAUUGGUCAUAACGGUAUUCUUUUUACGUCUACCUCACCAGAAGUUGAUGAAGUCGUCAAGGAACCGGAGCCACCAAAGUCAUCGUCUUAAAUGAAUUGUUUACCCGUCUUGUUUUAAACAAAAAUUAUUAAUUUUACUCGCUUUUGAUGUAGUUUUAUAUCUUAAUAAAUCAGUUAUUGGUCUAGCCCUUGCUUGGGUGAUAUUUGAAUUUGAAUCUUUAGCCCAAAGUUUGAGUCUGGUUCUUGUUGAA